UUCUUCCAAGGGUGAAGCACCACAAGAUUUCGGCCAUCCAGGCAUCUUCAUAUAGGGCAGUGGUCAUAGGCUAAUGGCUUUACCUUAGCUACACUAGUUCAUUUUGAGGUGAUAUCCCACCUCAUGUUACUUUUUGUGCCAACCAAGUGCAGUCUCAGGAAAAUCAAAUGGUUAGAAGAAACCAGAAAAACAAUGCCUGAGAUUCAGAAGCCUGGAUAUGAACAAAGUGAAUGCAUUGCUCAGAACAUAAACAAAGUGAAACAAGCUAUCCCUUAAUUCUAAGAAAUUAGUAACACAUACCCGCUGCAUUUGGCAUCUCUAGUUUGUAUAACAUUCUAAGUCACACAUAAGUAAUUUCUGCAAUCCUGCAUACAAUCAGGAAAUGGUAAAAUCGAUCUAAAUGAAUCAAUACCAACAUUCUUUCAUGUGAGCAAUCAGACAAUACAUUGGAUGAUAUCUCCUAGGUUCGCACCAAUCAUGGGCCGGACGCAUAAGAGCUUGCUUGAAUGCGUUCGGGAGAUACCUUAGCUUACCAGACCCCUCAUCCUUAAAGCCCUGUCUUCCCAAUAGGAAUCGACUCAACAACUGAUCAUCGGAUAACCCUUUGAUCUCGUCGGCUAUAGGAUUUUAGGCUCGAAAAUACCUGCUUGAGCAGCAGCUGCACGACAACUAAGUCCAUUCGAUUACAGCAACUCUGCAAGCAUCAUUUUCAAAAAAAAAAAAAAAAAAAAAAAAAAAAAAACAAAACAGUCUAUAUUUCAAUAAUAUUGCCAAAAAUUAUGCAAAGCAAAAAUGUAUCCUGUAUAACAUAUAUUAGAUCAAACAAAUUAAAGAACCAGAAAGUAAGAUUCAAUAAAGAGACAUUCUCACAGGUAAAACCCCAGGCAAAGUUACUUAUUGAUCCACCCUUGUUCAGCAAAAAGAACAAAUUUUGGGUAGAAUAACGGUUCAAGUACUAACGGAGUUUUGAUCUGUUAACUGUUUUGUGUUAGCUGUCAAAAAAAAAAAAAAUCAUGCAUUUUUCACUCCACUCAUUUUCAACCCAAAGUCCUAACAAUCACUCACAGCAGACAAUGAAGAUAUUUAGAGUACAUGGGACCACACCUAAAUUUGCAAGUCCAAAGUUUUCUUGUAUUAUUAUUCAACUUGUCAAUUAAAAACACCAAAAGUAGAAAGGUGUUCAGAUUUGGAGGUCAAAGUUUCAUAAACAGGCUAAGGUCCUCCACAAAUUUGCAUAUCCCUACCAUUUUUAGUAAUGUGCUGGUCAUUUCAAUUCAGCAACUUAUUUUACGACCAUUGACUACUGCAUUGUAUAUAAAGAUAAGUGAAUAGCUUCAAUGAGGAUAGUUAUAUCAAAUAAUAACUCCCAAAAAACCAAAAAAAAAAAAAUGUCAAGCCGAAACACUUUAUUAUACUGGAUCAUUUUCUCUCUGUCUGCGCUUUGCUGUCUUGAAUUCUCGAUAGCUAGCAACACUAGCACAGACAGGAUAGCACUGCUUGAAAUCAAAGCCAAAAUAAGUGACGAUCCACUCAACCUCAUGAGCUCGUGGAAUGACAGUCUCCCCUUUUGUGAGUGGUAUGGGGUUACUUGCGGCGGAAAGCACUGGAGAGUAACGGUACUUGACUUGCAUUCCUCAAAACUCACAGGUACCCUCUCCCCUCAUCUUGGUAAUUUAAGCUUCCUCAGGAUACUCAACCUCCAAAAUAACAGUUUCAGCAGCGUACUCCCACCUGAGAUUGGCCGUUUGCAUCGGUUGCAAACUCUCCGGCUGUCUAAUAAUUCCAUUGGGGGGAAAAUUCCAUCUAAUAUAUCAAAUUGCUACAGCCUUACUGGUAUACACCUUUCCCUAAACAAGUUUGUGGGGAAAAUCCCACCAACGGUUGGUUCCCUGUCACAUUUGCAAUUUCUUAUGUUAGCAAGAAAUAACUUAACUGGCAAUGUUCCUUCAUCCCUAGGGAACUUAUCAUCCCUGUCUAUGCUUUCAUUAGGUGGAAACAAUUUAGUUGGAAGUAUCUCAGAUAGUCUAGGCAAACUAAAGAACCUAACCAGUCUGAAUUUAUGUGAGAAUAAGUUUUCGGGAGUACUUCCUCCCUCUAUUUUUAACCUCUCUUUGUUGACAUACUUGUGUUUAUACCAAAAUGAAUUUGAAGGAAACCUUCCGGCAGAUAUUGGUAAUACACUCCCGAAUCUUCAGUGGUUCUCUAUAUACAAUAAUCGAUUCACUGGACAUAUUCCAACUUCAAUAUCUAAUGCCUCAAAUCUAGAAGUUCUUGAUCUGUCACAAAACAAUCUCCGAGGACAAGUUCCUUCUCUGCACAAAUUAGUAAACCUUAUUCACCUUGUCCUUUACAGUAACUCCCUUGGAUAUGGCCAAGCUCAAGAUUUGGACUUUGUUUCUUCCUUGGCUAACUCCACAAAUUUGCAAUGGCUUGAGAUAGAUCAAAAUAAGUUCAAGGGAAUCUUUCCUAAAAUCAUAUGCAAUUUCUCAUCAAUUACUUAUUUGGUAUUAAGCGACAACAGCUUAUCAGGUGAAAUUCCAAUUUGUAUAGAAAAUUUAGCAGAAAUGCAAUAUUUUGAUGCUAGCAAAAAUGCACUAUCUUCGGUCAUUCCCCAAGGCAUAGGGAAGCUCCAAAAUCUCCAGCUUCUAAGUCUAAAUGAUAACUUAUUAUCCGGGGUCAUUCCACCCUCAAUUGGAAACUUAACCAAGUUGUCAAUGCUCUUCCUAUAUAAUAAUAGCCUUGAAGGCCAAAUACCUCCAACUCUUGAAAAUUGUAGGUCACUAAUAGAAUUAUUGCUGUCUGAUAACAAUCUUACCGGUAGUAUACCCUCACAACUCUAUAACAUUCCCUCCUUAACUAUUGCACUCUCUCUAGAUGGAAACCGCUUAACUGGAUCUCUCUCUGAGGAAGUUGGACAAUUGAAAAACCUUGCAGCCCUUGAUGUUUCUGGUAACAGGCUAUCAGGUGAGAUACCACGCUCUCUUGGAAGUUGCCUAUCAUUAGAGCUCCUAGGCAUGGAUGAAAACAGAUUCCAAGGCACUAUUCCUAAUGAACUGCAGAAAUUAACUGGUCUUAUAGAAAUAGAUCUGUCAUACAACAAUUUAUCUGGCAAAAUUCCAAAAUUUUUAGCAAGCCUCAAUUUGAGGAGGCUAAACCUAUCAUACAACAACCUUGAAGGUGAAGUACCAAUAGGUGGAGUCUUCAACAACGCAAAGAAUCUUUCCGUCAUUGGAAACAAUAGAAUUUGUGGAGGCAUAUCAGUCUUAAAUUUGCCACACUGCAAAUUUAGCCACACCACCAAGAAGAGAAGAUUGAUGAACAAGAAGUUGACAGUUGUAAUUCUUUCAGCAAUUUUGGGAGUUGUUUUACUAGUCACUUUACUUGUGGUAUCAUAUAUUUGCUGGUUUAAAAGGAAGCCUGAGGAACCCACAUCUUCUAGUGAUUCAAAUAAUUUCCAGAAUGUGUCAUAUCAAACCCUUCUUAAAGCAACUAAUGGAUUCUCCUCUGAAAAUUUAAUUGGCACUGGUUCAUUUGGGAUCGUAUACAAAGGAAUUCUUGAAGAGGAUAGAUCAACAGUGGCCAUCAAGAUAUUUAACCUUGAAAAUCGUGGUGCUUCCAAGAGUUUUUUGGCAGAAUGUAGCGUCCUCCGAAGCAUAAGACAUCGGAAUCUUGUGAAGGUAAUAACAGUUUGUUCAAGUGUUGAUUAUCAAGGCAAAGAUUUCAAGGCUUUGGUUUUUGAGUAUAUGGUGAAUGGGAGUUUAGACAAUUGGUUCCAUCCAACUGAGGCAAUCACUAGAGCUGAUGGCACAAAUGAUACCUCAAGGAACUUGAACUUUCGCCAAAGACUUGAUAUUGCAAUUGAGGUUGCAUUUGCUUUGGAUUAUCUUCACCACCACUGUGGCACCUCCAUAGUUCACUGCGACCUCAAGCCAAGCAAUAUUCUCCUUGAUGAAAAUAUGGUCGCACAUGUAGGAGACUUUGGCCUUGCCAAGUUUCUCUUGAAAGGCAUCACUGAUUCUCAAGCUAAUCAAUCUACCUCUAUUGGAGUUAGAGGUACCAUCGGUUACACUCCUCCAGAAUAUGGUGUGGGAAAUGAGGUGUCUACCAGAGGUGAUGUCUAUAGUUUUGGAAUCCUAUUACUCGAAAUAUUUACAGGAAAGAGGCCUACAAACGACAUGUUCAAGGGGGGCCUAAGCUUGCAUUGCUACGUCAAAGAAGCUCUACCGGAACAUGUGAUCGAGAUUUUAGAUCAUGUCCUUGUUGAUGAAAUAGACCAUGAGGAAACAGACAGGCGAGACAGCACCUUGAUGUUGGAGGCCCUGACUUCAAUACUUGGAAUAGCAAUUUCUUGCUCAGCUGAGGUCCCAAGAGAAAGGUUGGACAUAAGCGAUGUAGCUACAAAGCUAUCAUCAAUCAGAAACAAGCUCCUUGGAACUCGUUUACAACAAAGGAGGAGAAUUCGAGCAGGAACACAAAGGUGAUCAAUGUCUACAUAACGUUAUCUUCCCACGAGCAAACUAGUGAUGUGAUGGACAUGAAGAACAAGAUGAGCUAAUAUUCUUCAGUGACUUCUCUUAGAGGCUUUUUAGGGGGUUUUAAUAACUAGUCCUUAUGAGUUCUGAUUCAAGAUCAGAACAGCAAAGCAGCCAUCUACUCAUCUAAUUCAGAAUACAUUAUUUUGAUAAUUUGAUUAUUUUUUUUACCUAAGAUGUAGCACAAUGAGACUUAUAAUCUGUGAUGCACGGGUACGGCACUCUUCCACCGUCUCCCGUACCGGGGAUGUAGAAAUUGAAAAGGCUAGAUUCUUUGUAUAGAAGGAGGCGACCUAGGUUGCAGCCCUACAAUCGAAGCCGGCGACCACCUACGAUCCACCUGGCACCGGCGACCGGUGAACACGCGUGACUGACAAGUGUUUUGAUAGUGUGAUGUGAUUAUUUUUUCUUUUUUCCCUGUUUUCAUUCCACUAACUGUAGCAGCAGGCCAGCACUCCAGCAGUAGUGGUUUGGCGUGAACUUUGUGAUUUUGUUUUUCUUUUCAUUUUUCGUUUUAAAUGAUUUUUAUAAUGUGUGUUGUUUAAGACAUGAUAUUAAAUUAUUAACAAGUUUUUCUUUUAAUUUGUGUUGUAUGGAAUUUUUUUUUAAAAAAAAACUUUAUAUAUAUAUAUAUAUUUCUUAUUUUGCCGUAUCCCGUUUUUUGAAAUUUUGAUUUUGCCGUUUCCAUCCCCUUACCCGUACCCGUUUUUGUCCCCGUAUCCGUUUCCGUGCAACCUAGCUUAUAAUUCCUUAUCUUAGAUCCAUGAGUCUUUUCAUGAGAUACCAAGAGGCCAGCAGAAAUAUUUCCAGAUAUCUUUAAACAAGUAUCUUAAACAUGAUAAAUGCAUCGGCAUUUCCAAGUUCUCUAUUUUUGUAAUUUUGAUUACUCUGUGUAGUGUGUAUACCGGACCCUAUGCUGUACCGCAAUGUAUCCUUGUGCAGUAGCUUUAUUUGUAUCUGUAUUCUAUUCUGUUAAAUGAAAUAAGCAAACGCUAGCCAUCAUUUGAACAGAAAGGCACAAUAACUUACAAUCAAAGUAACUAUCAUUUCAUUCACAAUGUCAAAAAAAGGACAGAAACCAUACAGAGAAAAAUCCAUAUUCUCUUAACACAAGAUUGUAACAAAGAUUAAAUUCUUUCAAGUAAAUGCGCAAAUAAAAUUGAGGAAGAGCCAAAUACAGAGUAUACAGAAAAAGAAAAACUCCCAGUGAUACACUUAAGAAAACUGACCUUAAAUUCAGAGGUCCACAAACAAGCAUUUGAUUCAGAAAGAAAGUUGAUCUGCAGCUGCUCGAUCCACUGUGAAAGCCGCCCAUCAAGAUCAUCAUUCAUCAACAUGAAACUGCCUUAAUUGGAUGCUUGCUUGGUUGAACCAAAAGCUCCAACUUUCAGUUAACGAACACAAACUUUUGUCCAGUUCUGACACAGUAGUUGAAGACUUAGAGCAACCCGGAAAACCAGAAGACUGAAGUGACUACAUAUUUAAGAGCUGAAGAUCACAGUUAUGGACACUUGAAACCAAACUUCAACCCAAAAGUAACACAGGUUGAAUUUUCCAUAUACACGGCUUUAGGGUCAAUCUAUCUUCAAUCACAGAUAAACUCGUCGUAAUUCAACUCCAUGUACAGAGGGAGGAACAAUCUUUCUACCUACUAGCCAAUUACUCAUAACUAGCUAUCAUAAUAUCAGAGCCAUGUUAAUUCAGAUGAGAUUGUGCAUCUGUUUAACCCAUCUUCAAGUCAGCUAACGAGCAAUCGAUCAUUUGCCUUGACUAGAGAUAUAAAUACAUUCAUGAAUCAAGUUCUUAAAGUUUUUUGGUAGGGAAACCAAGAUUUUUAAUCUUUCUGCUUCUGUUAGUACAACAUUGCAAUUGUAUACAAACAUCAACCAGCUCUCA